AUGUCUGACGCAGACGACUGGCGGGAACCCCGCCCCGUGCGGAUUGCCAAUUGCUCCGGCUAUGCUGUCGAUCCUGGCUACCACAUGCGCUUCCAGGCCGAGAACGGCCCUGUGGACUUCAUCACCGGCGACUAUCUGGCCGAGUUCAACCUGGGCGACAUUGCCGAGGCCAUGGCCGCCGGCGCGCACCCGGGCUACGCAGAAACCGCGUGGGACGGCAUUGAGCAGACGGUCGACCUGCUGGCCGCGCGCAACAUCAAGCUCGUAAUCAAUGGCGGUGCACAAAAUCCCAGAGGCUUGGCCGUGAAAACCCAGGAACUGAUCUCCCAAAGGGGUUAUGAUCUGAAGGUUGCAUACGUGGAGGGCGACAACUUGACAUCGCUUGUCCAAGAGCAGCUCCUGAGAGGGGAGCUGCUGCCGCAACUCGACUCGGAGAAUCCCGACAUCCCCACCCCCAAGGACGCUCUCGCCCUUGAAAACACCUCGGACCAUCCCGUCGUGGCCGCCAAUGCCUACUUGGGAGCCCGUGAGAUCAAGGUGGGCCUGGGCCUGGGUGCAGACAUCGUCAUCUGCGGGCGCGUGUCUGAUGCAUCACCAGUUGUUGGUGCUGCUGCGUACUGGCAUUCUUGGACGGACCAAGACUUUGAUUGUCUGGCUGGUGCUUUGGUCGCCGGCCAUCUCAUUGAAUGCUCGAGCUUCGUCACCGGAGCCAACUACUCGGCCUUCUACGAGCAUGACCUGGACGAGCUGUAUGACCUUGUACACCCCAUUGCAGAGGUGUCGGAGGACGGCACCUGCGUCAUCACCAAGCACCAGGCUGGCAAAGGCUUCGUCACUGCCGACACGGUCAAGUGUCAGUUCCUGUACGAGCUGCAGGGCAACAUCUACCUGAACAGUGACGUGAAUGCCAUCCUAGACGAUGUCCGGAUAGAAGAGAUUGGCCGCAACCGGGUCCGUGUCUCGGGCAUCCGCGGUGCGCCGCCGCCGCCCACGACCAAGCUGGCCAUAUUCUACCGCGGCGGCUACCAGAGCGAGCUUCUCAUCAACGCAUGCGGCUAUGCCACUGCCGAGAAGUUCAAGCUCUACGAGAAAGUCAUCCGGAACGGACUGCGGAAGCACGGCGUCCUCGAUCAAUUCGACGUGCUCGAGUUCCAGAUCAUCGGCACGCCAGAAGAGAACCCCCGCUCCCAACUACGAAGCACCACCUACCUCCGCAUCUUCGCCCAAGCCUCCCGCCCGGACCUAAUCUCCACCAUCCCCAAGAUCGCCAACGAAUACGCCAUGCAACAAUUCUCCG